UUUUUUUUUUUAUUUUUUAUUUAUUUUGGACAGAUGCAGAUUUCGUUGAAGAAGCCUCUGUAAACCCUUGAAACUAUUCAUCCAAUGACCAGAGCAUUAAACGAAGCUUUAAUGGGAAAACCAUUUCACCAUCCCUACCAUCUUCUUUUGUUGCUAAUAUUUUUUUCACUUGUUCACCAUUCAAACCAGCUUCAAUCCUCUCAAUAUCAGUCCCUUGUGGUGCUUAUCCAACAGCUUCUCAACUACCCAUUUCCCCUUACCAGCUUUAGCACCGUAACAGACUUAUGCAAUAUUGAACCAACUCCAUCUCUAACUCUGGUGUGCUAUGAAGAUAACAUAACUCAGAUUCACAUCAUAGGGAAAAAUGGGUUUCCUCCUUUGCCUCAAAAUUUCUCCACUGAAUCUUUCUUUUCCAUUCUUUCUACUCUAUCCAGCUUGAAAGUCCUGUCUCUUGUUUCUCUUGGGCUAGAGGGACCGUUGCCUACAACUGUAACUUACUUAUCUUCAUUAGAAAUAUUUAAUUUAAGUUCAAACCAUUUUAGUGGUACUAUUCCUGUCCAAGUUUCAUCUUUGAAGUGUCUUCAAACUCUUAUAUUAGACCAUAACAAGUUUAGUGGUGAAGUUCCUGUUUGGCUAAGUUCACUUCCUCUUCUAGCUGUUUUAAGUUUGAGCAACAAUUCCUUUAAUGGCUCUCUGCCUAAUUCUCUGAGUAAAAUGGAAAAUCUUCGAAUUUUAUCGGUAUCAAGAAAUAAUUUGUCUGGAGAAGUGCCUGACCUGCAAAACUUGACAAACCUUCAAGUUGUUGAUUUACAAGACAAUUAUUUUGGACCCCAUUUUCCAAUCUUACAUACCAGGAUAGUGUCUGUUCUGUUAAAAAAUAAUAGCUUUCAAUUAGGGAUACCCAAUGAACUAUUAGCCUCUUGCUAUCAACUUCAAAGACUUGACAUUUCCUUGAAUGGAUUUGUAGGGCCAUUUUCUCCAUCAUUAUUCUCUCUGCCUUCUAUAAGUUACAUAAAUAUUUCAAAUAACAAAUUCACAGGAAUGCUUUCUGAAAACAUGUCCUGUAAUUCUGAUAUUGCCUAUGUAGAUAUAUCCUCAAAUCUUUUGAAUGGAGAUUUGCCGAGUUGCCUUGAACCCAACAGCAAGAGCAAAGUCAUUCACUACUAUAGCAAUUGCUUGUCUAGCCAUCACCAAUAUCAGCAUCCUUCUAGCUUUUGCCACAAAGAAGCACUAGCAGUGGAGCCUCUUGAUGAGGAUCAAGAGAAGCAUAACAGACCUAAAGGUAAAGCAGUUAUUGCAUCUACCACUAUUGGGGGAGCUAUUGGAGCUAUCGCAAUUGUGGGUAUGGUUUUGUUGCUUAUGAAGAGAGUAUACAUAUGUAGCAAGAAGCAUAGAGUGAAAGAACCUCAAGCAAGGGUAACAAUGGAGAAUGUAUCAUCAUCAGUAAACACAGUGAAGUUGCUUUCUGAUGCAAGGCAUAUAUCAGAAACAAUGAAGUUAGGGGCCAAUCUUCCUGCUUAUCGUACCUUCGCUUUGGAGGAGCUUAAGGAGGCUACAAAUAACUUUGAUGAAUCAAAUUUGCUGUCUGGAGCUUCACAUAAUAAGAUUUAUAGGGGAAGGCUUGGGGAUGGAACUGUGGUUACUAUAAGUAGGUUUUCAGUCAAGAAAAAAAAGUGCCAGCAGCAAAGCAUUAGACACCAGAUUGAGUUGAUUUCAAAACUCAGGCAUAGUCAUUUGGUCAGUUCUCUGGGGCACUGUUUGGAUUGGUGCAUGGAUGAUUCAACCAUCUCCCAAAUUUUUCUUAUUUUCGAGUUUGUUUCCGAUCAAACACUAAGAGACCACACAUCUUCUGCAGGACCUGGAGGGAAAAAGUUGAGUUGGAAACAAAGGAUAGGAGCUGCUAUUGGAAUUACAAAGGGUAUUCAAUUCCUGCACACAGGACUUGUCCCUGCGAUAUAUUCUAAUAAUCUCAAUAUAACAGAAGUUCUCUUGGAUCAUGAUCUUCAUGUUAAACUCAGUUGUCAUAACCUGCCACUGUUAGCUGAAACUAGACGAUCGGUGGGUACGUCAGUUUUUUCUCCAGGACCAAAGCAGAACAUUUUGACAAGGGAAAAAGACAAUAAUGGUGAUAAGAAAGAUGUGUAUGACUUGGGAGUAAUCUUAGUUGAGAUAAUUGUUGGAAGGCCGAUCACAUCCCCUGAUGAAGUAGCUGUGGUUAAAAAUCUAUUACAAGUGAGCAUGACAGUUGAUGAAACAGCUAGAAGAAGCAUUGUCAAUCCGACGGUUGGGAAGGGAUGCACAGACGAAUCAUUGAAGAUAAUGAUGGAGAUAUGCAUCAGAUGUCUUGCAGAGAGGCCAUCUGAUAGGCCAUCAGUUGAAGAUGUUCUUUGGAACUUGCAUUUUGCUGCUCAAGUAGUUGAGGAUGACUCCUCCCAUAACAUGAACCAAUCCUCCCAAGUUAAGCAAUUUGUUUCUUCUUUUCAUGUGUAAACACAAGGCUCAAGAUACUGAUAUUUUUACAAUCUUUUCUACUGCUACUUCUAACUAUAUCUUUCCUACAAAUUUGUACAAAAUAACUUUCUUGGUUCUUGAUUCUCUAA